GUUUUAUGACAUUAUUUAUAUUCAAAGCAAAACAAAACCCAGGUUUUAAAAUAGUUUGUUAUUAUAGUGUUUAUUAUUUAUAUUUUUAUACUCAAUUAUUAUUCUUAGAAUCCUAUACAAUUUACAUGCAUUUUUUUAGCAUGACCUGAAAACUGCCUGUUUUUUGUUGACAAGAUGAAAAUUUUAUAAUUUGGUUGAAAUUAGUAGUUCAACUUACAACUUAAAAAAAAUCGUUCACAAUGUGUUAUGGACCUUUUAAGAAACUGUGCCACUGGGGCCCAUUAACAGCAAUAGGGAUUAUUAAAAUGGUCACUGGAUCGACAAUUCAUUGCAGUGGUAUGUGGUGGCCAUCAACAACGCUAGGAGGAUUUAUAAACACAUUAGGUUUUAUGAGUCUUUCAGGAUUGACAUUGUACAAUUUAUUGUCAGCAAUGUUUCAUGGACCCGGAUAUUUGCCAUUAAAAUGGACUCCAGCAGACAAGGCUAAUUGUAAGUACUUACAAGAAUGUAAAGUGUGUCUUGGAUAUAAAGCUCCAAGAUCCCACCACUGCCGAAAAUGUGGUAGAUGUGUACAAAAAAUGGACCAUCACUGCCCAUGGAUUAACAAUUGUGUUGGUUGGGGAAACCAUGCUCAUUUCCUAUACUUUCUUUUGUUUGCGACUUUGGGUUGCGCUCAUGCUAGUGUCGUCUUAGGUUGUUCCCUGUAUAGGGCUUUGUACAGAAAUAAUUACCUUUACUACAGAGUCCCAGAUGUGCCAAUAGUGUACUUAGGCCUUACGGGAAUGAUACUUACUGUUUUAUCUUUGGGAUUAGCUAUUGGAGUUGUUUGUGCAGUUGGAUUGUUAUUUAUUGUUCAGUUUCGUUCAAUAUUAAGAAAUCGUACAGGAAUAGAAGAUUGGAUUGUAGAAAAAGCAGAUUGCAGAAGAAAGCACAAGGAACCAUACAUUUUUCCGUAUGACUUGGGAAGAUGGAGAAAUCUAAAACAAGUUUUAACUUUAAGUGGCAAUCCAGUAGGUGACGGGAUUAAUUGGGAAGUAAAAGAAGGAUGUUCUCAGUUUUCACUGACUAUUGAGCAACUGGAACAAAAAAAUGAAAAAAGGCUUAAAGCCCGAACCUACAAGAUUGUCAGUCCUGCCUCUGGACGGUGGUUUCCUCUAUCAUACGGUAUUAAAGUUUGUUGCAAUUUUCCUUGCACUGAUGAGCCAAGACUGAAGUUAAAUGUAGGAGAUUUAGUUUUGGUAACUAGGUGGAGAAAAUUAUGGUUGUUCGGUGAGAAGAUCCAGGACGAUCUUCCCGAUGACCAAAAAGCACUAUUGAGGCAAAAGGGGUGGUUUCCCAGACCAUGUGCUGUUCAAUAUGAGACUGAAAGAUCCGUUCAAAAAAGUAAUGGAAAAAAUAAAAAAAUCUAGUCAAUUUUAGUAAUUGAGGGUAUAAUUUAUGAAUUAAAAAUAUUAUUGCAAUAAAGUAUUUUUGAUUUCGUAUGGAAA